ACACGUACUUCUCUCAUUUAAAAAUUCUUCGAAAAAUCGAUUCCCAUUUAUUGAAUAUAAUUUAAUUGUCGUGAUAGUUGUAUUUUUCUUCUGGAUCUGUUAAAUUUAAACGAUUUUGUUGAACUCUCAAUUACUUGCUUAUUUAUAUUUGUACUUUAAACAUUAGCCGCAUUAGCAAGUAAAUCACUCACAUGACAAUUGUAAAUACUGAUUUUUGAUUGUGUUCUCUAAUCUAUAAUAACGUGUUUAGCGGUAAACGACUGCAGUCAGCAGCUUAGAUCAAUACAUGACGGACUUGCUGACUCUGGUUGGGAAAUAAAUUAAGAAAUAUAAAUAAGAAUUAAGUGUAUAAAUUCGGUGUCAAUUAAACAGUGAUUAUAAACUCGUAAAGGACGAUGACGAAAUUAUCAACUGCGUUUUUGAAACAGCUAUGGCUAACAAUCGCUGCAUCACUGGCGUUUCUCAUCAUCGGAUUAGUUCGAGGUUACUCUUCAUCUGCCCUUCCAUCAAUAGAGUCACAUGACCCUGGUUUAAUGCAAACGAGUGAACAAAAGUCCUGGAUUGGUUCAAUCACACCUUUGGGGUCAUUUCUGGGCAGUUUGUUAUCGGGACCUUUAAUGCAUCAUGCGGGUAGAAGACGGACCCUUCAGCUGACAGCACCAUUAUGGGGAGCUGGAUGGCUCAUCCUGGGUUUCGCACCUAAUUUUCCUAUUGUGCUAUUGGGAAGGAUUAUGUCCGGUCUAGGAAUCGGCCUAGUGCUCGCACCCACGCAAGUAUAUGUGAGUGAAUGCUGCGACCCUGAGAUCCGUGGUCGUCUUGGCUCAUUACCUACACUGUCUAUGUCCCUGGGAAUUCUCAUCUCCUACAUCGCGGGCAGCUGGCUUUACUGGAGAUAUCUUGCAUUUCUAUCCGCCACAUUUUGUGCGGCGUUAUUCGUGGUUUUGAUUCCACUACCCGAGUCACCUGUGUGGUUAGAAACCCAAGGCAUAGACAACGAGUAUGCCAUGAAGUGGCUCCAUCUUUCAAAGCAUGCUGUGGCUGCUGUCAAUGGAGAAACACAGGAACCUGUAAAAAGUAUAAGCGGUAACAGCCUUAAACCAGUAGAAGAACCUCCAAAGAGUUUGUUCACGCGAGAGGUGUUUUUUUCGCCAUCAGUAACCAAACCGCUAAUUAUUGGGUUUGCGUUGUUGUUCCUCCAACAGUUUAGCGGUAUCGACACCAUCAUUUACUUUACUGUAGAAAUCUUCCAAAAUGCAGGCAGCACAUUAAACCCAAUGACCGCAACUAUUAUUGUGGGUGCAGUGCAAUUGUUUAGCAAUGCUAUCAGCACAAUGUUAGUGGACAGAGCUGGACGAAGGCCAUUAUUACUACUUUCUUCUAUUACAAUGUGCGUUUCGAUGGUUUCAAUGGGAGCCGCUUUUUACUUCGAAUUGGAAAAGGCGUCAUGGCUAGGGUAUCUUCCCAUCAUGAGCCUUGUGGUGUUCAUGUUGGGAUUCUCCCUAGGAUUCGGUGGUCUUCCAUUCCUACUGCUGGGUGAACUGUUCCCCAAACACUACAGAUCGCAGCUGUCUGCAAUGGCAAGCGCAGUGAACUUAUUGUCCAUGUUUGUGGUCCUCAAGUCUUAUCACCCGUUAGAGCAUAUUAUAACAUCGGCUGGUACAUUCUGGAUGUACGCAGCUUUCUCUGGGCUAGCGUUCUUCUUCGUCGUGUUCUUCGUCCCUGAGACCAAGGGUAAGUCCCUUGCGGAGAUUGAGCAGCACUUCAGAGGUAAAAAACACCAGGAGAGCAUUGAUUUGCAAAAUGUUCAAACGAAAUUCUAGAUCACUUACUCUUAUGAGGAUUGAAAUGUGAAAAACGCUGUAUAAUUCCGACCAUUCCCAACUCACUUGAGAAAUGUUGUUAUUUUCCAUUGAUGAUUUCUAAAUUAUUUAGUUGUGUGAUUUAGACAACAUGAAACGAGUGCAGUAAAAUGUGAUAUAUAUUUUUUAUGGCGUAACCUAAUCUAACAUAAUCUUUUAACAUUUAACAUAAGGCUUUUAUUUUAAAACAUUUUUUUUUUGUAUAAACUGCCAUUCCAUUAGAAUUGUUUUUGGUUAACGUGAGUAAAAAGCAUUUAAGUAAAACUUCUUUUACUUAACAAAAUGCGUUGUUUCCUACUAUGUAUAUACGACAUUGAUGUUUCGACGUUUGCUUUACAGUGUAAAGAUUAAUAUUAGUCACGUUUUACCCGAUAAAGAAGUUUUGUUUAAGUGCAUCCCAUUUGUUAUUUAUCAAAUUUUUAUAAUACUAGUAUUUAUUUUUUAGGAUACUAAUAUUUAACAUGCUGUGAUAUGCAUUAGUUCCCUAGUCUUAAUAUUUAAUAGUUGAAGUGUCUUUCAAAAACUGUAAAACCCGUUUAAUUCAAUUCAAACAAAUCAAAUAGUUGCACGUAUACUAUUAUAAUAAGUCGAUUUAUUGAUGUUGAAUUUGUACUUGAUACUUAAAUCGUUAGAUUGUAGCUUGUAAAUAAAAGUUUAGGUAGACUGUGUAUAUAAAAAUAUUGUAUAUAACGAGAGAUUUGAAACUAUGUUAUAA